UCCCCUUUCUAUUCACGCACUCACACACAAACCUCUCUCUCUCUCUUUUUCUUUUCUCUUUCUCUUUCUCCGGUCACUUCUCUGCGCAUAAAAAUGAAAUCUUUUGCAGCGUUAAACACCGGGAUCCGCGUCUCUCGAUGAUUCAACAAACAACAACCCUUUCCACCAUUUCUCUUUAUUCUCCAACUCCACCACCAUAACUUCCGCACGUUAUGUUACUACAUUAAAGAUUCUACUGGAUUUCUGCUGAUUAAAUCAAGGCAGGAGAAUCAAUGGAGGUUUAGAUUUUCGGGGCACAUUUUGGUUGCAAGACAAAUUAGAAAGCUUGAUUUUUUCUGGGAUUUUCUAUUUUAUAAAGGGACCGAAGCAUGUUGUCCAAAGGUGAACAUCAAACGGUCCCAUUAUCAGUGUUGCUGAAGCGUGAAUUAGCAAAUGAGAAGGUGGAGAGGCCUGAGCUAUCUCAUGGCCAAGCUAGCCAGAGCAAGAAAGGAGAGGACUUUACACUGCUCAAGACUGAGUGCCAGCGGGUUUUGGGUGAUGGAAUCACUACGUAUUCUGUUUUCGGGUUAUUUGAUGGACAUAAUGGAUCUGCAGCUGCCAUAUAUUCUAAGGAGAAUCUUUUGAACAAUGUUUUGGGUGCUAUUCCUGCAGACCUCAACCGAGAUGAGUGGGUUUCUGCACUGCCAAGGGCUUUGGUAGCGGGAUUUGUUAAAACUGAUAAGGAUUUCCAGGAAAGAGCCCAAACUUCGGGAACAACAGUCACGUUUGUAAUAAUUGAAGGAUGGGUUGUUACUGUUGCAUCAGUUGGUGAUUCUCGUUGUGUACUUGAAUCGGCUGAAGGGGAUAUAUAUUAUCUUUCGGCAGAUCACAGGCUUGAAUGCAAUGAAGAAGAAAGGGAGCGUAUUACAUCAAGUGGUGGUGAGGUAGGGCGGCUAAAUACAGGUGGUGGUACAGAGAUUGGUCCUCUAAGGUGCUGGCCUGGUGGCUUGUGCCUUUCGCGAUCCAUUGGAGAUAUGGAUGUUGGUGAAUUCAUAGUUCCUGUCCCAUAUGUGAAGCAAGUAAAGCUGUCAUCAGCUGGCGGCAGGCUUAUUAUUUCAAGUGAUGGGGUUUGGGAUGCUUUAUCUGCGGAAGUGGCUUUUGACUGUUGUCGUGUGAUGCCAGCUGAUGCUGCAGCCUCACAAAUUGUUAAAGAGGCUGUACAAGUGAAAGGGCUACGAGAUGACACAACCUGCAUUGUGGUUGACAUACAACCGCCAGAGAAACCAAAUCCUCCCUUGGCCCCGCUGAAGAAGCAAGGGAAAGGAGUCUUUAAGUCUAUGUUUCGCAAGAAGCCAUCAGAAUCUUCCUCUCAUACUGGAAAGGAAUUUAGUGAACCAGAUGUUGUAGAGGAAUUAUUUGAAGAAGGAUCUGCUUCACUAUCAGAAAGGUUGGAUACAAAAUAUCCAGUUUGCAAUAUGUUCAAGUUGUUUGUUUGUGCGGUUUGCCAAGUAGAAAUAAAACCUGGAGAAGGUAUUUCAAUACAUGUAGGCUCAAAGAAUUCGAGAAAGUUACGGCCUUGGGAUGGUCCUUUCCUUUGUUCAAGCUGCCAGGAGAAAAAAGAAGCUAUGGAGGGGAAGAGACCUUCUGGAGAUGGGAGAUACAGUAGUGGGAGUGACUAAUCAACCACCCUCUUUUACUGCAUAUCUAUGAGUUCCGCACUAACAAUCACUACUGAGCUGAUGAUGAUUGGGAAGACCAAAGUUUCUAAUGUUAAUAUUCUGGGGUCACCCAUAAAAUGGUGUGAGGAUUUGGAUCCUUUGUGAUAUACCUGGGAUAAAGAGGAUCUUUCUCUUACACCUCUGUUGCUUUAGGUCAGAUGAUGGAGAGUUAAACGCUGUGUAGGGUAGCUUCAUCCUUCUAACAAGGUUUCAUACAUCAUGGAGUUUGCCUUCCUCCAUUUGAAGAUGUGUAAGGCGAUGGUAAUUCAUGAGCACAUAAAUGACAGAUUAGAGGUAAUUCAUUGACCAAUGAAUAUAUUUUACUUAUAUACUGGUUCUUUCCUCCCAUGGAGCAAAAAAAAAAAAAAAAA